AUGGCGAAGGAACAGAACAUAGUGUUGUUGAUGUCUCUAGCAUCAGCUGGGUACAUCGAAGUGGGGUACGCACGCAGACUUGUGGAGCCAGCCACGUUACGAAGAGUAUAUUUAUGUGACGAACAUGUCGUGCAAGCGGCUAAAUAUAUAUCCGUGGAAAUGGCAGUGGAAGGCAAGGGUAUCGCUCAGUAUGAUGAUCCGUGGUUACCUGGACCCAAGGUGUGUGUAACGAAUGGCGACAUUCCACAGCACGUAGUCAAUGCCUUCAACGCUAUGGCAAGAGGUAUUGCUAGCAUUACGGCUCGUGAUGUCAGCAGGUUCAUGAACGACGCGCUGAAACGUUACUACUCAACAACAAUAUGGCGAGAAACAAAGCAGAUCUGCGGGACUCAUGGCGCAGUCCAAGAAUCUGCAGCUGGAAAUAAGUCGUGGAGAGCAGAUGAGAAGGAAUGGUUGGAGGAAGCUGCACCCAAUGGAACCGUCGGCAAAUCCUUGGCCUGUUCUGAGCCGAUUGUAAACGAACAGAUGGAUACUUCGGGAUGGAGUUGA